AUGCAUCAAUAACAUACAUGAAAAAUUCACUGUAAUCUCAAGAAGAUGAAUGGCUGAGUGGAAAUCAAGAUUACCAGAAACCAGAACUAUUAAAGAGCUGUGAAAAGAUGAUCCAUGGGAAAAGACUGAAGCAGUUGGGUUAGUUGAGAGAAAGCACAACUCAAGGGAGGGCAUAAUAAGAGAGGAGUUCUAGAAAUGCUGGAAGGAAGAAAUCAGCUUAAUUGGCAGCAGUUUUUGGAUGAGAAUUAAUCCGUGUGCGGAGCGGGCUCGCUGCAGUGCUGUGCCCGCUGCCCUGCUCCCUCUCCAGGCACAGCGCAGCUUUUAAGAGCUGCUUAGUGACCCGAAAUCGAUGUUUUCAGCACCAUUGCAGAGCGCUGGCAGCUCGCUGCUGCCAUUCCGAAGGGAAGGGUGUGUCCUCUGUCCAGCUCUGCUGGGAACAGCACGGCCCAUCCUGCUGGGUUUUGGGGGUGGAAUCUGCCGAGGCAACCAGUAUUCCCGAAACCCCGCCAUCCAUUAAGGCGCAAAACUCCUCCUCAGGUUUUGAAUCAAAACUAUUCUUCACCCCAAGUAUUUUCUGGGAGGCGAACACGGAGGUGACGGGGAUUUCUGGCUGCUGUGAUGGCAGAUCCACAUCCUGUUCUCGCUCAUCUUGCCGUGGCUGGAGCGCAUUCCGCAGGUUGGGGCAGCUCACCUGGGCCAGGUGAGCGCUGGGGACCGGCCGGAGCCGCCCCGGGCGCGGAGCGCGGAGCGCAGCGCGGGCAGGACGGGCCGGGAGCUGCUGCGGGCACGGCUCUUAUUGUGAAAGGAUGAUGAGAGGCAGCGCUCACCUCUGCCGACCAUCGCUGCUGCCUCCUCUGCUCGCUGCCCUGGCACCGCUACCUCCGCCCGGCCGCGCCGAGCCGAUGCCUUCUGCCCGCCGCAAUAUGUUCGCCAAAAUCCUUUUGUCCGCCGCCAGCCUCCUGCUCGCUCACCUGCUGCAUUUCCUCUGCUCUUUGAUGCAGUUCAUUCCAGCGAGGAAUUGGGUGCCUGAGCCCCUGGCCAUGGGGAACCAAGCGGCUGCAUGGAACAAGGAGCCCAGCACGGGCACUUCCCGGCACUCCCAAGGUUUUAAGAAUUACCUUCCCAGCCCAGCCAAGGAGCAAAUCCUCUGCCACAGACCCAGGGGGCUGCAAUGCAUCUCCCCCUUAGUGCAGAACGUGGAGGAGACCCCUGAGCCCAUCCCAGCCAAGAUCAAAGGACACAUUCCCAAGUGGAUUAAUGGAAACCUGCUGAGGAAUGGCCCUGGCAAGUUCGAGUUUGGCAAUGACAAGUUUAACCACUGGUUUGAUGGCAUGGCCCUGCUGCACCAGUUCCAGCUGGCCCAUGGCAGGGUGACCUACAGGAGCAGGUUCCUGCAGAGCAGCUCCUACCUGAGGAACAGCCGGCACAGCCGCAUCGUGGCCUCCGAGUUCGGCACCUUGGCCAUGCCAGACCCGUGCAAGAGCAUCUUCGGCCGCUUCCUGUCCCGCUUUGAGCCGCCACAGCCCAGCGACAACGCCAAUGUGAACUAUGUGCUGUACAAAGGAGAUUAUUACGUCAGCAGUGAGAAUAUCUUCAUGCACAAGGUGGAUCCAGAGACUCUGGAAACGAAGGAAAAGGUGGACUGGAGCAAGUUUAUUGCAGUGAAUGGGGCCACAGCUCAUCCCCACUACGAGUCUGAUGGGACAACCUACAACAUGGGCAAUUCCUACGGGAAGCACGGAUCCAGCUACAACAUCAUCAGGAUCCCCCCACAGGAGUCAGGCCACGGGGACACGUUGGAGGGAGCCAAGGUGCUGUGCUCCAUCCCUCCCAUGGACAGGGCAAAGCCAUCCUACUACCACAGCUUCGGGAUGACGGAGAACUACAUCAUUUUCAUCGAGCAGCCCCUCAGGCUGAACCUCUUGAAGAUCAUCACCUCCAAGCUCCGUGGGAAAGCCAUUUUUGAUGGGAUAAGCUGGGAGCCUCAGCACAACACCUACUUCCACGUGGUGAACAAGCACACUGGGGAGGUGCUGCCAGGGCAGUGGUGCUCCAAGCCCUUCGUGACCUUCCACCAAAUCAACGCCUUUGAGGAGCGGGGCUGCGUGGUGCUGGACCUGUGCUGCCAGGACGAGGGCACCAGCCUGGCUCUGUACACGCUGCAGAACCUGAGGAGGAGCGGGGAAGGGCUGGACCAGGUUUAUGCCUCCGUUCCCAGAGCUUUCCCUCGCCGCUUUGUUCUCCCUCUGGACGUGGAUUCAGAGACACCUGUGGGGAAAAACCUCAACCCACUGCCUUACAGCCAGGCAAAGGCUGUGAAAGGUGCAGAUGGCAAGGUCUGGUGCACACAUGAAAAUCUGCACCCCGAGGGCUUUGAGAAAGUUGGGGGCCUGGAGUUCCCCCAGAUCAAUUACACUCGCUGCAACGGCAGGAGGUACCGAUACUUCUACGGGUGUGGAUUCGGGCACUUGGUUGGAGAUUCCUUGAUCAAGGUUGAUGUGGAGACCAAGAAUUUCAAGAUUUGGCAGGAGGAGGGAUCCUACCCGUCAGAGCCUGUGUUUGUGCCAGUGCCUAAUGCCACGGCAGAGGACAGCGGGGUCAUCUUGUCUGUGGUGGUCUCCCCCACUGAGAACCAAAGUGCUUUCCUGCUCGUGCUGGAUGCAGAGACCUUCCAGGAACUGGGGCGAGCAGAAGUCGAGGUGCCAAUGCCUUACGGGUUCCACGGCAUCUUCACUGCCCACUGAGGAGCUCCUGGGCACCUCCUGGGACUCAGAGCCCAGCCAGGCUCAGAAAAAACCUCUGCUGCUUUCACCUCCCACCUUCCCAUCACAUCUGGGACGAAGGAACUGCUUUUUCUCCACCAUAACCUGUAUUCCUAACAAAAUACAGCCGAGGAAGGCAGAAGCCCCUUUGCUCCCACAGCCCACUGCUUUAUCUCCAUUUUUUUUACUAUCUUGCUAGACCAGCCAUAGCAGCAGCUCACAAAGGAUGCCAGGUUGAGUCUUUCAAGGGAGGAAAUGGGAGCUGAAGUGAUCAAGCCCUUCCUUUGGCAGCAGUGUGCUCUGAGGGGAGGAGAACAUCGACGCUCGGGGCUGCGACUUUGGCUGAAAUCCGUAAAGCAGAAGAGAGGAAUAAAACCCAACAGGUGACAGAUGGGCCCAGUGGAGGGGAGGAAAUCCCCCCUGCAUUAAGGUUGCCUUCGCUGGACUCCAGAGGGUAGAUGCAGACACUCACAGAAGCUGUGCUUGUGUUUUUUUCUGUCCCAUAGCAGUGCCCUCAAAUAAAACCUUGGGAAGUUUUUUCCUUUCU